UGUGAAGGUUUGGAUUGUGACAGUAAAGGUAAACACAUUGGCACAUGUCUUGUUGUCAAGUAUAAGAAGCUGACCAGACUGUGUCUUUACAAAAAAAAUGGGGAGAGAGCUAUAAUGGGAUGGACCGAAAAGAGAGACAAAAACACCAGCUUUGCAGCAUGGGUUAAUCACGGAUAUCAGACUCCUCUUAUAAAAUAUAUUGGACUGUUUUCAAAGCCCUUGACUGAUGAGUAUCUUCCUACAACAGAAGGACAGAUUACUGUUCAAUCCCUCUCUGUCUGAUAUUCCGCCUCUUACAGUCUCUCGAUUUCUCACUCUCAAUCUCAUAUACUUUGUCAUAUUUUUUUAUUUUUUUUUCAACCAAACUGAGCACUCUGUUCUCUUUCUCACCAUCUCUUGAGUAUCAAUACUUCGAUAAUGGGCAAAAGCCUAAUUUCAAUAGCGCCCUCGCCCAAUUUCUCCCUUUAUCUCUCUCUCUCUCUCUUUCAGUUUCUCUCUUCCUUUCUGUGUUGGUGAAGUGCUAAUGGGAGUGUAGGGGUGAACAAGUGCUACAUUAUUGGCAGGCAGGCAGCUGGGAGGGAGGGCUGUUUUAGGAUUCAGCCAGGGAAGCACUCUGCUGCACAAGCCUGUGACUCCAGGGACAACGCUGGAUUAGUGGUCAGAUAUGGUGGCAUCCUUCAAUUCCAUUUGAAUGAACAUGUUUGUAUUUGACUUGUAGCACACAUGCCUUACAAUGUUAGAAUAUGGAUUGACAACGAUCUUGAUUUUAUAUCAUGCUUGCUUAUAUCUUUUUAAUAAUCUUUACAUUAAAUACUUCAGCCAAAUACUACUACUAUUACUAAUGAUAAUAUUAUUAUUACAGCCAUAUUUAUCGACCAGCAUAUCAGCUGAUAUUUUUCUGUUUUUAAAACGUCUAAUUUUCCAUCAUGAAAUUGCAUUUAUGUACAGUUUAUCUGGCUUAUAUUGACCACUGGCCACCUUGCUCCUAUAGCUUCGUUCCAAUUAGUGUAUCCCUGCUAAGGCAGGAUGUCCCUGAGCUCUGAACACUAAGCACUUCUUGGAAUCCUGUGAUGUACAAGGCUAAAGGAAGUGUGCAGAUAUUUAUUUUGACUGACUGCCAUCCCUAUUGGAAAAUACAGUUAAUCUGUGUUUUGGAACAUGUACUGCAGUAGCAGCUUCUGCUCUAAGAUGGUCAUUAGCUGGUGCUAGCAGGUCAAUGGACAGUUGAACAGCCACCAUCUUUUAAAAUCAGUUUGACCAAAUGGAAGUUGGUUUGGUCCAAGAUGGUCUUGCUUUAGCUAAUGUCUAUCUUAGACCAGCUAAAAAACAGUUACCAUGUUCCAAAACAGUUGCCAGCUUAAUCUGGAUUUUCCAUCAGGGAGAGAAGAAAUGCAGAUUACCUCCAUGGUAUUAUUAUCAGUAACCAGAGUCGAAUGUUGGGAGAGGGAGAUUAAGGGUAUACGCUUAAUCUGAGGUAUCGGAGUUUCGUAUUAAAAUGAAAUAAUUCUGGUCAUGACGCAACGGCUGUUAAUUUAAUAGUCGCUUGUUGAUCCCAUAGAGAGAACCGCAAGAAGCGCCUUUUAUUUCCUGAUUUGCUUUGUACGUCCGCUGGCUCUUAUUGGUCGAGCCGUAUGCUGAUUUGACAGACAGAGACUGUUAGUUUGCUCCCAAACCCCGUCAGUCUGUCAGUGGUCUGGAAAUGCCAAAGCGCCUCCUCGCUGCUCACGCGCUCACACACAAAGCAGAGGGUUCCGGUGGUGCGAGCUGGAACGAUCCACUGAUGCCGCUUCUUCGUUUAGGUGCUUAACUGCUCCUUAAAAACGUCGAGGGAAUCUCUUGUCCUCCGACGUUGGGAUUUUUUUUUUUUUUUUUAGUUUUGUUUUCUUUCUUUCAUUUGGUUUGCGGAUUUAGACACAGGAUUGUUUUGUGAUGGGUGGUGGAAGCGAAUCACGGAUUUUUUCUCUUUUUAUGGAGACCAGAGUGAGCCGAUUUUAUACUGUUGAAAGCAAGUUUUAUCUUGAUAAGAAGCAAAUGGUGGAACAGAGGAUUCUUUAGUGGCAAAGGAUACUUACUCAAGAGAUUAACACUUUCCACACAGUUUUCUCAACUGAAAAGGGGUUUUCUGGUUCGCAACAUUGGAUUUUACAUUUUGUUUGACUGACGCAGCAUCGUUUUGGAGUAUCUUAUUUGGAGAUUUCAGUCCUUUUAUUCUACAUUUCUGGGAAGAAACAAUCUUUAAAAGAAUAAACCCGGACGAGACGAAGUUAUGGAGAUGCCAAUGAUAUAAAACCUGUAUAUCCAGGUCAAAUGACCGCUUUCACUCGUUCUCCAAUCUAACCACCUUAUAUAUGACAUGGAAAAACGGGGACUCCACAGCGUCCUUUAUUAUUUCAUUCUGAAUGCGCCCCUGCUAUUCUGUGUAAAUGCCACAUUUACUGAAGUGCCCAAAGAUGUGAGUGUCGGUGAGGGCGAGGAUAUAGAGAUGCCGUGCGCUUUUCGAGCCGUCGGAGUCUCGCCGUUCUCUCUGGAGAUUCAAUGGUGGUACCUCAAGGAAGCGGCCCCUAAAGAGCUCGCUCACGAACUGCAAAUUAGCGCUCCGGCCAACAGAGCCAAGGUUGCCCACCGGGACGCCACGAAAAUAAGCACGGUGAGGGUCCAAGGCAACGCCAUUUCCCACAAGCUCAGCCUUUCGAGUGUGCGGAAGGAGGAUGAGGGAGUGUAUGAGUGUCGGGUUUUGGACUUGUACUCUGAUGAGACUCAGGAAUACAAGGUGCAGGCCACUCUGCGCGUGACACCGCGCGAGGGAAUGCUGGCCGAGGAGGCCGUGUCUCACAUCCAGAACCGAUGGCCACUGAGGAACAGCAACACAGCGACAGGUGGACGGGCUACUUCUGAACCAGGCCAGGGGCAGGGAAAACCCCGCGUGCCUCCGCCGGUUGGAAUGGGACCCGCUCCCGCCUCACCGACUACUGCGGGAUCUGCAGUCAAGUCGUCAGCUUCUCCUCGGCCAGGCAAUUCAUCUAUCCUGAGACAACAGCACGGAUCCGGUUCCGGAACCAUGGCAGCCACUGAGCCACUCCUUUACAUCACUCUGCUGAUCCUGCAUAAGCUCCUCCCCUUCCUGUUUGCCUACUAAGAGACCACAGCCAAACAACUCGCAAUGAUUUCACUUUAUGUACCAAACGACAAAGGGAAAAUAUAACUACGUAUAUAUAAAUAUAUAUAAAUAUAUCUACCAUUAUGGCACAUCACAGAGAGGAGUGGGAUAGCCUAUGACUUUGGAGAAAAUUAAAAUAUCAGAAUAAUAAAGAGAAGGCCAAUUUCUUUUCUGGGACUUGUGUAGAAGAUCUGUGUCAGAUUUGGAUGUAAAAUGGAUUCUAUAUGAAGCAUGAUGAAAAAAAAACAACACAAAAAAAUUAAAAUGAGUCUAUGUGAAUUAGAGCUUCACAACUGUGUCAUACACACAACUGACAUCCAUAAACGCUGCAUCCAGUUUCCAAAUACUAGUGUUUGCCUUGCUAAAUGCAUGGCUGUCUUAAUUUAUUAUUUGUUUUUGUUUUUUGUUUUUUCAAUUAUCAAAUAAGGUUUGUUUAUUUGUUUGUUUUCCAUCUCACUACAGUUUCAAUUUUGGCAUUGUUCUUACUGGAGUAUCUGAUGUUGAAUCAUAAAUGACUUGGUCUUUUGAGAUCACAUUGUUUUAUCAUUGUUUUUUUUUUUUUGUUUUGUUUUUUUUGUUUUUUAUCAACUUUUUUUUGUUUGUUUGUUUUAUCAACUUUUUUUUUUCUUUUGCAUGAACUGUUCAGCAGUCUCAUUUUUCAUUUCAUAAAUGUGAAAGAAGGCGCUCUCUCAUGUCAGUUCUUUCUACAAGACUGUGUGUAAUACUGUGUAUUCUGUUCCCUCACAUCUGACUUCUGAGUUCUCAAGCAUUUUUUGUCUCAUAAUGUAUAAAAUUGCAACCUUAUAUAUUUUGAUCAAAUAAGGCACAUGUUACCAUAGUGGUUGUUAGUCACCUCUAAUAAUGUUUAUUUUUAUUAAAGGUAUGGUGGUCAAAAAAAAAAACAUUCAUUUAUAAAAUUAAAAAUGGAAAAAAAAAAAAACAUUGGUAUGUUGCCAACACAGUUGAAAUAAAAGUUGUUUCUUUAAAAAAAAAAAAAAAAAAAAAGUUUAGAUUUUUACAUCUCAACAGCACUUUUUUUGUUUUUUUGUUUUUUUAUUCAGGUGCACUAACACCAGGCAGCUGCAUGACGGUAGUGUCUCAGCUAAACACUCCAGCCUCCCACGGGUGUCAUGAACUGUAAUGUAUUCUUCACAAUAGGAUAGGCCCAAUUCCAGCUGAAAAACACAUUACUCUCACAAGCAUCACCAACUGAGCACAGCUGGCGUACAACUCAUGGUUCAUUUCAUUAGUCAAAUGCACGUCACCCUGUCAAAUAACUCUUAACUCUCUGCUGCUGUCUUCACUGAACCCUGCUCCGCUCUCUUCCGCUCUACCUAAACACAUCUCCUGAUGAAUGGCAGAGGCAUUGUUCCUUGCUAAAGCACUGCAUUCUAUUGUCUUAAUGGAAGCCUGCAAGGCAUCACAAACCAGACUCUCACUGACUCAGACAUUCAUUGUGUUUAUCGCUUCCAAGUAACUGACUUUCACUCACUUUAAAUUUAACAAGCACAAUGAAAAGUCAUCUUCCUUUCAAUGGAAUAAAUAACAGUUUAUACAAACAAAUGGAUCCAAGGGGUAAAAAUGAGAAUCCACCACAACAUUAGCAUUUUUCUUUUUUAAAACAAAAUGAGCCAGGUUGCUUUUAUUCUGCUUGGUGAAGGCCUCUUCUCCCUAUCAAAGUAAUGAGUGUUUGACAUGGCCAUUUAUAUGUGUUACAUAACAAGGCCCUGAGUGCUUUCCCCAUCGAUGUAAAUCAUCCCUCAUUCAAGUAAAUAACACAGCUCCCUCUUAUUUCCGCUUCCUUCUAAAAUCCACUUCUCAAGGAAACAUCAGAGAUAGACAGCAAAAUCCCGCUGUGGAUUUGUUGCAGAUUCACUCGUGUAAGACACAUCAGUUGACAAUAACAAAGUGCAUACUGGUUAUAAUUGCUUUGUCAUUGAUUGAUUAAUUUGCACUCUUUCUCUGGCCAUCAAUAAGAAUUAAAAUGACAUUGCCUCACAGAAUUGAAGAUGUAUAUUUGGUUGCUCUUUUAUAGCUCAGGUCUUCUUAACUUUAUCUUAGAUAUUCGGUUAAAUAAUUGCUUAGGAAAAAAUAAAAUGAGACAAUAACUGACAUAUAAUACAAGUGCAGAGCUAUACAAUUAAUGUUUGUUGUUAAAUUUCAGAUGAUUUGGUUUUGAAAGAAUGAUCAGACAUGUUUUGCAUUAAUAUUAAAGAUGUACACUGAAAAAAAAAUAGUGUAGGAUUUAUCCUGAAACAAUUUUCACUCAGAAAUUGCAGGUACAUUUCUCAAAUAAAUGCAGAAACGGCAAAUAACAUAUUGAAUUAAACAUGAAAUAUUGAUGUAGAAAGACUGAAACAGUAUUUUCUUGUAAGACGUACUCUGAUCAUCUUUGUUUUAUUUACAACUUUGAGGAAAAAAAAUUUAACAGUAUGCAGGCAAAUCUGAGAACAAUUUGUGACAGAGAUCUCCCCUGAUAUAGAAGAGACUCAUGAGAUUAUAAGGGUUGUUUAUCUUAGGAUAAAAAUCUGAAAAGAAGGACACAUUUUUGGUUUCCAUUAUGGUCGCAUUACUGUCUAAGAGAAACAACAGAGAUAUGAAAGAGAUCUCAUUCAUCAUCUUAUCUAAUAUGCAGAAAGCCUAAAGUAAAAUGCUGUCGCUUUAUGACAACUUUGUGUGCUUCAGAUAUGCUUGUGCCUAAUGGGAACAGCCAAAUGCUGAUAUCCCUUGGAUUUUAAACAUUGCAGAUUAAAAAGAAAUGGUAUGGCACAUUACAAAGAAGAUUUUCCUUACAUAUAUACUGUAGGCUAUCUAAGCGUGUUUGGUCCAGAAAAUCACAUUCAUAUUACAUCUGCAGUAAAAAGUGAUGGAAGAGGUUAAUGCAGUAGCUCCAGUACUUAACUGUGGUGACUUAGCUUUUAUAAGGUGAAAUAAAAUGUGCGCUGGACACAGUGCACACAAUAUUGAAGUAAUAUGCCACAAUAAAUAAAAUUGCAAUUUUAAGAUGUCCUUGCUGUAUCACAGAGUAAUGGCUUCAUUAAACUGUUUGCAUGUGAUGAAAAGUGAUCAAAUACAGUAAUAUGCAUUGGAUUCUUGCUGUAAUAUUUAUGUGUGGAUUAUCAGCAGAUGGUGAGAUGAUAAUCUCGGCAAUGGACUAUAGCCGAGGCAGAAAUUUGUUUCCACACAAGAAACACAAAGUAUUACAGUAGAUAAAAACUUCAGAGCAAGGUUUGCUGCAUUACAGUGUGUUCAGUUCAUAAGCCAUUUCUGCCGAUUAUAGUCAGCUGCACAGGGGCAUUUAUAACCCCCAUCUAAGGACACAAAGGAAAGUGCCUGAACUGGGACAGGACAUUGGAAUCAUAACUGGGUUUCAUUUGUUUGUUUGUUUUUCAUGGUUGACAGUCAGUGCACACUGAGGUGAUGCAUUGUGUACCAGAGACUUUUGCCCUCAGACUCUCACUUACACUCAGGAUGAUCAAUUCCUUGAUGCAAUCUGUCUCGUUCUAAUAAAGAACAACAGAGAGAUAACCAAACAACAGCACAGAGGUGUUGCCAAUGAAGUAAGAAUAGGCUUAAUGCCAAGCAUGGUCUCAGAUCACUGUCAGUUGGAGUGACGGUGUCAGACCCCUCGACAAAUUAACACAAGCCCGCUGGCCUGACCAAAACCACAGCCAUUCAAGACUAAAACAUUUCUGAGGACUCAUUCUUAAAGGGAUGUAUGAAGAUGUAAUGCAGUUUCGUAACUAAUAGUCCUUACCCCUUACAGGCUAUGAUUACAUAUAGCACCGGUUUACAGUCUUAACCAAGAUUGUGGUCUCAAGGCAUGUCUUUUCAAAAACUAUGAAAGUUCAAUGUGUAAUUAAAUCAUUUAAUAUAUUGAUCAUUCAUACAUAGGGAAAUAUAUUUUCUUUUCGUAAGGAAGACUUGAACCUUGGAGUUCUGGACUGUGGGAUCAAUUGAGUCUCUUAGCUCGAACAAGAGCCUGACCUUCUCCUGCUUAUAGCCCAGACUGAUGAAUUUCAGGGGAAGCUGUAAGUUGUUUCUUUGUUUAGGUUAUUAUGUCGUCCUGUAUCGGAGUCUGAGAACCCAGUACACUACUCACACUACUAAACAAUGGCAUAAGUGCAUUAAGUGCGUAAGUACAUGGGGGACACACCUAAAGUUUAUGGUUGUAUCAGUAUAUGAGCAGAGCUGAGAAAAAGAUUUUCCAUGAAUAAUCACUCUAAUCUGGACCAGUUCCUCACACAAAAUCAUUUUAUGGCUUAAGAAGGAAGUGUAUGAACUUGUGAAUCUCUCACAAUAUCUUUACAUAGCCUACAAUAUCUUUACAUGCAACCUAGUUAAAAGGCUAAGAUAGAGUAUCAAAUUCCCUUAUAUUUUUACAUUUUCUGAAAGAUAGUGAAAGCCUCCACUAUUCAAUGAGGUGGUAAAAUUGGGUUAAUGGUAUAAUUCAUUUCAUUUCAUUUCAUGGUAUAUUUGAAAAUAUACAGAAUAAUAUGGUACUGCAUGUGUAUAAAUAUAUUGCAGAUAUAUUUACUCAUUCAGUAAAAACAUAUUAUAGAGAGAGAAAUGUAAUAUAUUUUAUAAUUAUUUGCAUUAUAAAUGUUUCAUAUUUUCAAGCUAUAGUAACUGUCCUGCAGAGUUUAGUUCCAGCUUCACUCAACACACCUGCAUGGAAGUUUCUAGUAUGUCCAGUAAGCUCUCUUCAGCACAAUGGUAACCCCAAAAACUCAGACAUACCAGAAAACAUUUUAAAUUUCAAAAUAAUAGAACAUUAAACACUAACCGAUCUCCCCCUAUAUUAGUGUUGUGCAAAACACAUGAAAUAACACUUCAUUUUAACAUACUCUCCUUUAACAAUCAGAAGCAAAGCAUGCUGGGACCUAAAAAUCUGCUGUAACUCAUUCUGUGAAUGUGUGUAUAUAUGUGUAUGUCCAUACAUUCACAUUUAUAU